CCUCUGCGCCUUAUCUCUUUUCACGCUCGCCUUGAUCUCGCCCUCGUCACAACCACGCAAUUGGUCAAGGAAGGAGGCGGUGGGUGACGGGGGCCCUGUGACUCGUUCCGUGGCGGAUUGGAUCGUAUAAAAAAAAGCUGCGCUGACAGCAGUGCAACUCAGACCUCUCAAACUCUGCCCAGGUGAACCUUCUAUCCGUGUUAUGGAGCGCACUUUCCGGGAACAGCUUUUCUUUCUGCUGUUGUGUCUGUCCGUCCUCAAGGGAGACUGCAGGUACAUCGAGAACAACGACAUCUCCAAAGAUGAACUCCACUCUCUUUUCACCUCGGAUCUAAGGAGGGAAAUACCUGACCUGUUAAUGUAUCGCCGACCUUUGCGUUGCCUGGACAUGGUGGCGAUGGAGGGUCAGUUCACCUUCACAGCAGAGACCCCUCAGCUUAGCUGCGCAGUUUUCUUCAUGGCAGAGCCCAACGAGGUCAUCAGUGUGGAGUAUGACAGCGUGGACAUUGACUGCAGCGGAGGAGACAUCGUCACAGUGUUUGACGGGUGGGUGAUGAAGGGCGAAAAGUUCCCCAGCUCCCAGGACCAUCCGCUGCCUCUGUAUGAGCGCUACGUGGACUACUGCGACUCUGUGGGAUCUGUGAGGAAAAGCGUACGCUCCUCCCAGAACGUGGCAAUGGUCUUCUUCCGCGUUCACAGCGCUGGCAGCAGCUUCACAUUGACAGUCAGGAAGCACAUCAACCCCUUUCCCUGCAAUGUUAUCUCACAAUCACCAGAGGGCACUUACACAAUAGUGAUCCCGCAGCAGCACAGGAACUGCAGCUUCUCCAUCAUAUAUCCAGUGGCCAUUGACAUCUCGGAGUUCAGCCUGGGACACCACAACAAUUUCCCCAAGAGGUCUUUACCUGGUUGUGCACAGUCUGGGGAUUACGUGCAGUUGUUGGGAGGAAGUGGUAUUGACACAUCUAAGCUGCUUCCCAUCACAGACCUCUGCAUCUCCUUCACUGGACCCACCCACAUGAAGAUCGGCUGCGAUAACACAGUGGUGAGGAUGGUGUCCAGCGGGAGGUUUGUCAGCCGUGUGUCUUUCAGCUACAGGCUACUGGACAGCCAGGAGUUACAGACGAUCAAACUCAACAAUGUAGAAGAUUUCUGUUUUAACAACUGAUCCUAACAGGGUCAUAAUGUGACAAAUGCAUCAUUUGACUGACAAACAUUUCUAAAGUAAUUUUUCACCCAGUGAGUCUAAAAUCCAAGGACAUUGAAGUAAAAUGAAAACUUAUAAAUAUCCUGUGAGACUACAACAUCUGCUGGCAUUUUGAAUUUAUUCCCCCAUGGUCUCAUUUUUUAUGGCUCAUCGUUGUUGCAGAAUAUAUCUCAGUCCUUUUUGUGUUUAAUGUUGUUUUUCUUUAUGCUUUGUCUACAAAUGUAUAUUUAUUGACAUGGGAUUAUUGUUAUAAAGUUAUUUAUGAGUUUGUGUUCUUGAAGAUGAAUGUUGCUAAAGUGAGUGUUGUGUCUAUCCUGUGUAUGAGUGAAACAUGAUGUGCCAAGUCAAUUCAUGUGAUACAGAAAGUAAAUAAAUAAAUGUGAGUAUAUGGUGCCAUUAUGCAGUUAAAUUUGGCUGGAAAAAAACUUUUAUAAUAAAUUUAUACUGCAUGGCAAAGCA